CGUUCAAUCCCCACCCAAAUCCUUGCGUACGGCCGCACCAUGGCGCCGCCGCCGCCGGAACUGAUGCCCGAGCUCGUCGGCGAGAUUCUCCUCCGCCUCCCUCCCGAGGAUCCCGCGAGCCUCCUCCGCGCGGCCCUCGUCUGCAAGCCUUGGCUCCGCACCCUCUGCAACCCCACCUUCCGCCGCCGGUACGGCGCCUUCCACCGGACGCCGCCCCUGCUCGGCCUCCUCCACAGGCUCAUGGUCGUGCAGGAGGAUGCUCCCGAGCGCCUCGCCCCCACCACGGCGGCGCCCCUCUCCCCCUACCCCGACCGCCGCCGCACGCGCCCCCUCGACUGCCGCCACGGCCGCGUCCUCCUCCACGUGGCGGACGGGGGCUGGCAUUUCAUCGUCUGGGAUCCCGUCACGGGCGGCCAACAGCGCCUGCUGGAGCCCGGCAUCCCGUGGCUCAUCUACUCCGUCGCGGUGUUCUGCGCGGUGGCAGGCUGUGACCACCUCGACUGCCACGACGGCCCUUUCCGAGUGGUCUUCAUUGCCACUGACGAUGGCGACGAUCUCGUUAAGGCAUGCUUGUACUCAUCAGAGACGGGUGCUUGGAGCAUGAAAGUAUCUCUGGACAGUCACUCUGAACCCUAUGCAAAGCAUAUACAAGAUGCAAUGGCUGGUGGAUACAGAUACUACACGCCCUAUGUGCAGCCUAGGCGAGGUGCUGUUAUCGGAGAUGAAGUCUACUUCACACUUCGGCACCGCAAUGCAAUCGUCAAGUAUGACUGGAGCAGGAAUUGCUUAUCUAUGAUUAACCCGCAAUCACCGAGUGUGCCCAACACUCGCAUUGCCCUCAUGGUGAUGGAGGACAUGUCAUUGGGGUUUGCUGGCAUUGUGGGUUCCAAUCUUUAUCUGUGGUCAAGGAAGGUGAAUUCAGAAGGAGCAGCAGAAUGGGUACAGUGCAGGGUCAUUGAGCUGGAGACAAUUAUACCUGUUGCCAAUUCCAGUGACAAGCCAUUAGUGGUUGGUUCCGCUGAGGGUGUGGGUGUCAUCUUCGUUAGCACAGGUGUUGGAUUGUUCACUAUAGAGCUCAGUUCAGGGAAGGUGAGGAAGGUUGAUGAGCCUGCGGACUACUUUAGUGCCCUACCCUACAUGAGCUUCUACACUCCAGGUAUGUUACUAGCCUUUGCUUGUCUGUUGUCCUGCAUUUUCUUUGCAGCUUCUGUAUUUUUGUUUGUUUAGUUUAUUGUGGUUUGUUAAAAUCAGCCACAGUGUAAGUAAUGUUUGUUACUUAUCUUCGUGUAUAGAGAUUGCCAAUUAAAUUUUGUGUAUGUGAAUAUAUGGCAUUGGAUAAAAGAACAUAAACUUUUGCUAUGAUAUUUGACUUGUUAAGGACCAUGACAUGCAUUUGUUAAAUUGCUAAAUACUAUAACGCCGUUCGGCUGCACUAAUAAGCUGCAGCUGGGAAGAAGUAAAGUUUAAAUUGCCAAGCCGUUCGGCUGCAGGCAUCUGUCUUGCUUCAGCGUGGUAAGCUGCAGCUGCUUAUUAGUGCAGCCGAACGAGGUGUAUGCUUACAAACCUGUUGAUCUGGUAAUAUCCUGUUACUGUGCUUCAGCCUUUCUUGUAAAUUUCUUUUCUUAUUUUCUGGCAUAUGUAAAGCUCACAUAUAAAGCUCAGUCUUGUGCCAGCGAUAACUGCUCACCAAAGUGGGAUGCUGAGUUGGAGUAGGUAAUGGUUUUGUACAUGGUUUUUCAGAUCAUGUCACAUUGUUAUAGCUGGCAAGGACUAAAUGAUCUCUGAGUCUGCUGCUGUUGUUUUCUGUCAGAACUUCUACUAUCAAUUAGUUUAUUUUCUGCUGAUGAGCAGUUUACAUACUAUUGAUCCAAGUCAUUAUGAUCAAUUUUAGUUGUUUUGUCGAGUUCAUCCUGUUCAAAAUUCAAAAAGUUGUAUAUCAGUAUAAUAUUUUUGGUUA